CGAUAUGGCAACGUUAUCAAGUUGACGUGGUUAAAAACAACCCGCUUUACAAGUCACAGAAGAUUUGCAAAUCUAAAGGAUAAACUCCAUAAGAAAUAAUUAAGUUAUCUUUUUAUAGCGUUUAGGUUAGAAAAAAGAAGCACCAUGGGCCUAACAGAAACAUUGCAAAUUGACGAAAUGAUACAGGACUUCAAGCGAAUGAAUAAACGUCAGUCCUUGUAUCAAUUCCUAAGUUUUGCCAUGAUAGUGUCCUCCGCCCUCAUGAUCUGGAAGGGGUUGAUGGUAGUUACCGGGAGCGAGAGUCCUAUUGUUGUAGUGUUAAGUGGAAGUAUGGAGCCUGCAUUUCAUCGCGGUGAUCUCUUGUUCCUUACCAAUUACAAAGAGGAGCCUGUACGUGUGGGAGAAAUUGUUGUCUUCAAAGUUGAAGGCCGAGACAUUCCUAUAGUCCAUCGCGUCAUUAAACUGCACGAAAAGGGAGAUGGAUCAGUGAAAUUCUUGACAAAGGGUGACAACAACAACGUCGACGAUCGAGGCUUAUAUGCACCUGGGCAGUUGUGGUUGACAAAGAAGGACAUUGUCGGUAGGGCCAGAGGGUUCUUGCCUUAUGUUGGUAUAAUAACGAUAUUCAUGAACGAAUACCCCAAAGUGAAGUGGGCAAUUUUAUCGAUUUUAGCUAUCUUCGUAUUGCUGCAUCGUGAAUAAUAGGUCGCAGCCUUUGAUUUCAUUUUGUAAAAUCAUCUCUAAGACUUGAUCCAAUAAAACAACAACAAAUGCCACAAAACUCUCUAGACAACGUAAUAUAAAAUAAAUAAGUUGGAGCUUUUUUUCAAACCCCAUCUCGUUUAUGCCUUAAAUAUAACCAAAUGAUAACGUCACAUUCACAUGGUCUUCAGUUUUGUUGGACUUCUAAAUUAUAAAAUUCAAACUUUGAUUGGCAAACAUGAGCAACAGUGGGAAUCAGCAACUCACUCAACCACACCUAUCGAAAAAAAGUAAUUGCAUUUCGUAUACAAGGAAUUUGAAGAAGACACAUUAAAGUUAUUAACAUUAAAAACUAUAAAA